AUGAUCACCGAUCCAUCACGCUCACAUCCACGGUGUGAUGCGAAAGUCGCCAACGAGUCGCCGUUGUGUCGCCAGCGAUCUGCCGAAGAACUCCUGACGAAGACAGGAAGAGCCGGCGAAGUUUUUCAGCGUGUUUCGCCUAGAACUCUCCCCAAAUCAUCACCGACGCAUGCACGUCGCCGGCGCACUGCUCGCCGUUGCUGUCGUCUCGACGUGCGUCGUCGAUUCGUCUUCGACGGCGCCCUGGACGCGACAGAUCGGCACCGCACAGGCGCUAGUUGUCGUCGUCGUCGUCGUCGUCCUCGACGAGUCUUCGGCGAUUAUUUUUGUCAUGUCGUUCGUGAUGCAUCGCUUGUUGCAUUCGUUUUGUUUUCUCAUUAUUCACGCGUGUGCGCUCACGCUUUUCACUUCGACGACCGCCACGAAUUCGUGGCGCGACCGACACCCGAACUGUUGCAGAUCUUCAGUCGUCAGCGUGUACUGUCGGGGUUUCUUCGCUAA